AUGUCGUUCUUAUCAACACCUAUUCACCUUGUUGGUACUGUAUCAGUGUGGGAUGCACAACUCAAAAGGGAUAUCGAUUCUUUCCCUAUAUACAGUAACGCAGAAGUAUACGUAGGUCGUGAUCAAAGGCGCUGGUUACUCGUUAUUCGUGCUUUUAAGGAAUCACUUCAAAGGAAAAUCCAGGGGAGACUUGACGUAUACAGCCGCGAGGCCAGGAUACUUGAAAGCCUUUGUCAUCCCAACAUCAUUAGGAUUGAGAAAGUCAUCGAAUCGAGCAAUACAAUUUACCUCUUCCAGGAGCUCGUGACUGCUGGUGACCUAUUCUCCUACAUCCAGUAUAAAGGCGGAAAAUUAGAUGAUAUUGAAGCCGCAGUCAUCGUGCGACAGGUCCUGAUGGCCUUGGACUAUCUGCACCAGCGGGGAAUUGUCCAUCGUGAUCUGAAGCCAGACAAUAUUCUUAUGACAUCUCUAGCAGAUGGAUGCAGAGUCGUGCUCACUGAUUUCGGAUGCGCCAGACUUGUGCGGCCAACUAUUGAGCGGAUGUCUACGCUGAUCGGCACAUUCGACUAUAGCGCCCCUGAGAUGCUCAAGUCUAAGCAAGGCUAUACAAAAGCCGUAGAUUUGUGGUCGCUGGGCUGUGUAGCAGCCGUACUCCUGACCGGGGACAUUCCAUUUAAGAACUCAUUGACAGCUCAUCCGACAGAUCUUUCUCGAGAGCGUGAUCUUGAGAAACUCGAAGCCGAUAUGGACUGGAACAGAAUUGGACAACGCGCGAGGGACUUUGUCCGCAAGCUUCUCGUGUUUGAUGAAACGAAGCGCAUAGACGUUAAGCAAGCGCUGAAUCACAACUGGCACCUCGCCGAAUGGCCGACGUCAGCAAAACUGCUAGUCAUGAGACAAAAAUAG